GCUUCAUUCAGUGGGCUUGAGUGGGCUACCCGCUACCCUACAUCAGGCUCCAUCGGUACGACCAUAGAGAACGACGGUGGCGAAGAGGCGAGGAGACGAAGGCGCGGCGAGGCGAGGCGAGGCGAGAACAGCCGAAAUGGAGGAGAGCCAAACAUCGGAAAGUGUCGCCGUGCUACCGGACAUGUCCGAACCGUUGACGAGCGAGACCGAGGAGGCGACCGCGCUGACGAGUGAGCACGAGGCACAUCCUGUCGCGGUCACGGCGAGUGUUACUUCGGUGCCGGGCGUACCGGGCGUUCCCGGAGUUGGUGUGCCGGUUUCUCUACCCGUAGGUUCCAUCAUCGGCGUAUCCAAUUCGACCCAUGGCGCGACCUUCAACGUCAUCACCUCGGAUCAGCUACAGCUGCCAGGUUCAGGACAAUUCAAACAGAUGCUAUGCGUCGAUAAUGGUUUCAUCUGUGACUCGCGUCACGAUAAAGACUCGGAUCCUUUACGUUGGAAUGGUGAGCUGAAGGCAACCCACAUAGUGAUUCAAAAUAGUGCGGAUGACACGGAAUCGGAGCAGAUACAUGUUUCCACGCCCAAUUCUCAGCCUAUAUACAGUUGGUCUGAAUCUGCAAAUUUAGCGGUUUUACCUGUCAGAUGUAAGAAUACAAAUGCAGAAUUGCAUAAGAGUAGAUUCGGGUCUGGCGGCAGGGGUCGUUGUAUCAAAGUUGGCUCAGAGUGGUAUACGCCUAGCGAAUUCGAGGCUCUUUGCGGAAGGGCGUCUAGCAAAGAUUGGAAACGAAGUAUUCGAUUUGGCGGAAGAAGUUUGCAAACCCUCAUCGACGAACAGAUCUUAAAACCGCAUGCCACUUCCUGUACUUGCGCAGCGUGUUGCGAUGAUGACAGUGCGACAGGACCGGUGCGACUGUUUACUCCGUACAAGCGCCGGAGAAGAACCAGGGAUCCAUCUGACGGAGACGCUCCCUCGCGUAAACAUAAAAUUGAAAAUUCGCGAGAUGGCAGCAAUAACGACGAGAGCGGCGACGAGGUCGUUGUGCCUGACAAAGAGGUCUGGCCGCAGUUUGUUUCCACGGAUGGUGGACUGGUCGUACAACAAUCCCAGGAACAGGACUCUGUCGUACAAAAUACACAUCAAACGGAGAAUGGUCAAGGCGACGACAUUUUUAAGAAAUUAGAUGAACUGUCAAACAAAAUGAUGAAAUUAGCUUACGAAUUUAGGCGUACUUUGGAAGAAGUGAAGGAAUUAAACAGACAGCAGAGAAGAGAGCAGGCGCUGGUCGCACAACUUGGUGGACGGACGGAUGUUAUCGAAACUGUUGGACUACAACCAGCAUCCGAUGCACAUAAUAAAAAGUGUGCCAACUGCAAUCGAGAAGCAUUCGCAGAAUGUUCCCUAUGCAGACGCACGCCGUACUGUUCUACAUUUUGUCAACGUAAGGAUUGGGCAAGUCAUCAGAUGGAAUGUGUGAGAGGUGCGGCCGAAACAGUGAUGCUAAUAGUAGAGAGUAGUAGCGGAGAUACGAGCACUCUUCCAACGGCCACUACGGACCAAUAGCUAGUGUUCCUUACACCGAUUCAUCAAAGGAAUAUAGAGAACGAAGAAUCCAAUGCAGAAACAUUUCAGCUCAAGGAAGGGAAAACUUGAAGCAUGCAAGUUGCACAAAAACAAAAAAAA